UCCAAAAAAAUCCACACUUUUUCUUAUUCAACAACCAAGCUCCGUUUCUUCCCUCACAUUUUACGACAAUCAAAAACCUCAGAAAAAUAAAAUUUCCCGGAAAAUCUCAUUUCUCGAUCCUCUCCCAAUAACCCUUUAACAAUGGAGGAUUGCAUGAGACUCUGCAUGAGAAAGCUAGCGCUUUGGUACACCAAGACGUUUAAGCCCCUCAUGACCCACGACGAGCUCGAACCCAUUAUGGCCACCAUGGGUUUCGUCGGCCUCCCGCCGGACCACGGAACUUCGCCGGUCGUUUGGAAGGAAUAUAUCUAUCGGGCGUCUCCGGGCUUUUUAUGGCGGUGGUCGACGAAGUCUUCGUCCUGUCUGGGUGAACCGCCGACGACGGAGCCGCCUAGACCGAAACUGCCUUACCCAAGGAUUGAUGGGCUUCACAUUUACACUUACCGCGCUUUCCUAGACGCCGUUUACUUUUAUCUCGAGAUAUGCGAUAUUUCUGAACUCUUCCACAUCAGGGGAAUGCCGCUUUACCGGAGUCACGAUCGGAGCCGGAAAUGGAGAUGUAUGGAAGAAGACGAUAGUGUGUUCGUUUACAGGGAAGGCACACUAGAGCAAACAACGUAUACUUUGUAUCAUUUCAACAAGACAAACACCAGCUACAAUGGUUACAGUUCUAUAGUUAUACGAGACAAAGGGAACAACAACAAUGCUACUGUUAGCAGCUGUUUUGUUCCAUUGAAAGACAUUAUAGUAUGACCUUCAAAGGUUAUCUCUCAGUUUUCACAUGCAUGGUUCCAUAGUUGUUUUUUUGAAACAGUGAUUCCUUUUAUCCUCAUUAAGAGAGAUGAAGAAUUUAGAAAGAAACAAACACACAGAGAUGUUGAGAAAUUGAAAGAAAUAGAUUACUCCCAUGCAAUGGCUGUGUGUUUUAUAUAAC